AUGGCGUGCUUCCACGAUCUCAUUCCCACUCUGACUGUCUUGCUGGCGUUUAUCCUGAGUUUACUAUGUCUCUUCUCUGGCUCGGAUAGCAACUUUCUCACCAAGGCUGAUAUUGUCACCUUGGAAACAUCCAAUAUAGGCAAUGGCGCCGGCAUACGCGACUUCUACUCGGUCUACGUGAUGACCUACUGCGAAGGCUUCAUGGAACAAUGCUCCACCAACGGAACAGAAGCCCUCAACUUUGUCCGCAAUGUGACCUUCUGUUCUGAUCGCGCUGUUCCCUUUGCCUUUGAUGCCGGCACGAUCUUGUCCAACGAUAUCCACCCCGAAGACCCGGCGGAGUCUGUGUCUGACCUGAACUGGCCAGAUUUCCCGUCGGAUGACUUUGACUUUCUGGCUCCGACCAGCCAGGCCAUGGUCGUCUUCUACGUGGCUGGAACUGCUGCGGCUGGUCUGGCUAUUCUAUACAGAAUCUGGAUUACCUGGGGUGGCCAUGGACCUCGUGGCUUCCAAGCACCGGGUGAAGUACCAGGGACACCCAGGGAAAUCGUGUCUCAACCGCGACGGUCGAAGCGAGAAAUGUCCUUGAUGAUGUUUGGCUUUAUCUGUCUAGGCAUCGCAUCGACCAUUGCCAGCGUCAUCGCCACUGAAUUCGUCAAUCUCGUCAACAACCACGGCCGCGACAAUGGCAUCUCGGCCAACCACGGCGAUACGUUUUUGGCCAUGUCCUGGACGGCCGUUGCGCUGCUUUUCAUCGGCAGCAUGGACAGUCUGUACAUGGUGAUGGUCUGGCAUUAUCGCCACUGCACCUGCGAACAAGUAUCUCCGCUUGACCCUGAAGCGAAGCGACCACCACCGGAGGAUUUCUAG